AUGAGCCUUCUGCUUCAAAAAUGCUUUGAAGUUCAUGAAUACUGCACUGAUAUGGCUAGCAUUGAUCGAGGACCUACGGGACCUAUAGGACCGCCGGGACCAAGGGGUAGACCUGGUCAGAUGGGACCACCUGGAAUCAGAGGACCAAUGGGAAAAUCUGGAAUUCAGGGUCCGCAAGGGCCACCAGGGCCGCCAGGGAAGUCAGCUGUUUGUUCAGAUUGCCCAGUACCAGACGAGUUACUUCUGAAGGCACGUGAGGAAUGCCCCAAGGUCGAAGAAAUGCAGUGUCCUGCAGAAGUUUCCUUAGACGGGGAUGGCUCGCCACGGCUGGUUGAAAAGCAUAUUCCGCGCUUUUUAGAACUGAUGCUUGACGAAGCUAACUUGACGGAUACUGUAGACUCUUGCCUUCGCGUGUGCUUGUCUAAUAUAACGGACCUUGCCAAAAAACUUACCACCCAGGCGACCACCGACAUUUCCUACAUCGAAACAGCGAUUGCUCACUGCCAGCUGGAGUCAGUAAACCGCCCAAUAUUUCAUGCUCACGCAAAAACAUUUUAUGGAGCCUGGAUGCGAGACGCUUAUCCAAGGGAUGGGCAGGAAAUGUUGAAGCGUUGGAUUGCAAAACAUUUUCAUGGUGAAACUUUGGAAGAGUAUGCUAAUGAAUCUGAUAUUCGAAAAGAACUUGUCUAUAAAAUACACCAACUACCUUACCCAUAUGAAGGUACAAAUUCAGUAUACUUUAAUGGUUCAUUUUAUUAUCAUCGUUCUGGUUAUCCACGAAUUGCCAGAUAUGAAGUCAACACAAAAAGAUAUAGUGAAGUUAACAUUGACGAUGCUGCAUAUCGUGGCAACCAGUACCUAUUUAACACAUCGCUCAGUUAUUUUGAUUUGGCAAUCGAUGAAACCGCUUUGUGGGUUUUGUUCCACUAUGAAGAUGCAGACUUUUUGAGCGUCGCAAAACUGGACAUCAAUAAUUUAACAAUCUAUGAUACACGAAAUUUAACAUUGAUAAACCAUACUGAAGUUGCAAAUGGUUUUGUUAUUUGUGGUGUUAUUUACUUGGUGGCCAGCUCCUAUGAGUCACGCAGUGAAAUUAUUGUUGCCUACGAUUUUUUCGCUGAUCGAUACCGUCAACCGAAUAUUUUAUGGACCAAUCUGUAUAGAAAUUCUAACAUGAUUGCCUAUAAUCCAUAUGACAAACUAAUUUAUAUAUACGAUCAUGGAUACCUGUUAGCGAGCCAUACAAAAAUUAAAUGGCGUUCUUAG